CCUUCCUCUUCUCCUCCCCCCACUCCCGCUCUCCCCCUCUCUCUCUCCUCCAUACGCCUCGCCUCUUGAGCGCGCUCUUGAAGGAAGGCUCCAGACCUCUGCCUUCUGCUCUCCCCGGCUCUGCAUCCGCGAGAGCUGUUGCAUUGCUGCAGCUCGCGAGCGCCCGGGUCCUUAGUAGUUCUUUCACCACAGCCCGGAUCAUGGAGUUCGACGAGCGCUGCCUCAAGGUCCAGGAGCCCAAAUUUGAUUGCCUCCUCUUUGACCUCGACGACACUCUGUACCCGCUGAGCUCGGGGAUCUCAUCACACGUCAAGACCAACAUUGAAGCUUACAUGAUUGAGAAGCUGGGUAUUGAUGAGAGCAAGAUCGAAAACCUUGGCAACCUGCUGUACAAGAACUAUGGCACCACGAUGGCGGGCCUCAGGGCAAUUGGCUACAACUUCGACUACGAUGAGUACCACAGCUUUGUCCAUGGAAGACUGCCCUACGACAACAUCAAGCCAGACCCCGUUCUGAAGCAGAUUCUCAAGAACAUGCGCAUCCGCAAGCUCAUUUUCACCAACGGUGACAUGAUCCAUGCCGUGAGAGCCCUCAAGAGGCUGGGCCUGGAGGACUGCUUCGAGGGGAUCAUCUGCUUCGAGACCCUGAACCCGCCGUGCCUGCUGACGCCGUGCGACCAGGCGCCCGAGAUCUUCGACAUCGCCGGCCACUUCGCCGGGUUAGGCAGCGCCGACGACCUGCCCAGGACCCCCGUCCUAUGCAAGCCCAACGUGGGCGCCAUGGAGGCGGCCCUCAGGAUCGCCAACGUCAACCCUUACAAGGCGAUUUUCUUCGACGACAGCGUGCGCAACAUUCAGGCAGGCAAGCGAAUUGGCCUCCACACGGUGCUGGUUGGCACGUCGCAGCGGGUGAAGGGCGCGGAUCACGCGCUGGAGAGCAUCCACAACAUCAGGGAGGCGCUGCCGGAGCUGUGGGAGGAGGCCGAGAAGGCGGAGGACGUCCUCUACGCCGAUCGCGUGGCGAUCGAGACCUCGGUGACCGCGUAAGACGCCGCUGGCUCCCGGUGCACCUUCAGUCUGAUACCCCAAGCGCAACCCGAUUCGACCCGAGCCUGCCGGACAGGUGAUCUUCACGUGGAAUGCUCUUCAGCAUUUGCCGGGAAAACAGUAUCCAUCACGAGGAGAGGAGGGGGAGUUCAGAAAGUCAGGAAUUAAUGCAGCAUGCACACCAUGCCGGGCCGGUCCUAAUAUAUGUACAUGUAUCGAUCAGAUCUUUGCUUGUAAAUUACUACUGCUAGGUGGAAUGAAUAAUAAAAAAGAACGGGGUUACUUGUAAGCGAGUUAUUCGUAUUUAGCCGAAGCAAUAAAUCAAGGACUUGGCCAGAUGAA